UUUUUGUUAUUAAAUUAAUAUUUCAAAAUAUUAUAUUACUUUAAUUUUUACAACAUAAUUUGUUUUUUCAUGUUGAAUUUCAAAAUUAUUCUUUAUUAUUCAUGAUUUUAUCUUUUGUAAAAUUUGAAAUAUUAUCAUUUUGAGUUUAAGAUUUUAUUUUCAAAAUUGUAUAUUUUGUAAAGAAACAUUUGAAAAAUUGCAAAACUAUUUUUGAGUUUGGAAGAUUAUAUGAAAUAUUAUCAAUUAAUUAUUAAAUAAAUUAUUAUUAUUAUUAUAGAUUCAUAAGAUGAAAAUAAAAAAAAAGAUUAAUAAUAUACGAAAUUUCAACACAAAUGUAUGUCAAUGAAAGUCUUUACCUAAAAAUAACCAAUUAUUCAAAUUAAUGUCUUAAAUAUCAAGAUCAUAUUAAUAAAGUAACUAUACUACUAUGAAUAAUCAGCAUAUAUUAUUUUAUGUAAUUUUCAUAUAACUACACUACUAUAUUUUAAUUAAUCAUUUUAUUCGGUUUUUAUGGUUUGAUCGGUUUAUAUAAUGAACAAUAUCCACAUACCACAUGUUUUAAAAAUAACAUCAAUUCGGUUUAUAUGUUGUUACCAAAUCUAAACUACUUUCUUUAUUUUGUUUCAGUUUGGUUUUAAUUGGUUCGGUUUUUACUUGGUUUUUUUUUUAACACUGAAAAGUUUCAAUAACAAAGCCUAGGCAGGCAAAGUAUAGGGGGACAAAAGAAAUAAAACAAAACAGCAGAUACCAAUAGGUACCAAAAACAGAAAUAGAGAAGAGAUUACACAGAGAUGUGUACUCAUGAUAAGUGAGAUCUCCCAGCAGCAGCACAUAUAGCUUAAUCACACUGCUUGUGCUUCGGAGAGGAUGGUAUGCGAGAGCCAACUAGGGCCUCCAGUAGCAACAUACGAUUGGGUGCGGACGUCAGUUAUAACACUCACUGCGAUAACAGUAGCCACUCUAUUUCUCGAACUGUGAACAUGGAUGAGUGACCACGAAUCUAGUCGAGAGAGGAGAAGCAAAAUGCGAUCUAUUAGUGACUUCAACUCUGGGUAUUGAUGAGGCUCAAGGAGUGCUUCUCUCAGCUCAAUGGAUGAGGCUUCCAGAAUAACAAUUUUAAGCCUCAUGUUGACCAUGCUUUCGACUUCCAGAAUAACGGUUUUUACUUGGUUGAGCACUCUUAAUUCAAAUUAGCAAAUCGUAGAUAGUUUACAAAAGUGUUUCUUCUAUUUAAUAGUAUGUAACGUAAUCAAAUUUCUUUUUUUUGUAUUUUAUAAUUAAACAUAAAAAUAAUUUGCAAAAAUAGAUCUCAUCUUUCAAAUUACUAAACCAAAUGUAAUAUAUAAAGUUUGAUAUAGUUUCUUCAAAGAAUUAAUAUCUUUGAAAUAUAUAUUUCAUUUUCCCAUAAACUUAUCGAUAUAUCUUUGGAAUCAUAUAUACUUUGGCACAAAAACAGUAAGUAAGAUAUAUCUUUGAAAUCAAUCAACAAAUAUUGAUUUACCAACUACAGAUGUAUUAGAAUACAGACUCAUACGGAAUAGUCUUUACAUAAAUAACUCAUACGCAUACGAACUACAAUUACAUGGAAUUCAAAACUAUUAAAACAUAUAUGAUUUGUCCUUGAAAUUUACAUCUAUCGACACACAAUACAUUUAAAAUAAUUAGGUAUAAUAAAUAAAUAAAUAAAUAAAUAACUAAUUUUAGUCUACAUAGAAAUAAUUAAGAUGAGAUUAAUACUUAGCUUUAUAUGUACCUUUGAAAAACACACAGUACAUUCGCCCUGGUGAAAUAUAUGUAUAUAUACAAACUAAUAUUGGGUUAUAUCUUGUUUUUAUAUAAUUUCAAACAUAGUGUACGAACAUGAAUGAAUAUACCGGUUUGGACAUUAUAUAGAUUCAUACAGCUUUACAACGUGUGGUUGAUUCUUACAUCCUUUCCUGAGUUUGAAUUCGGAUUGACUAUGAUCUAUGUGUCGUCUCUAGUCCAUAUAGGUCUAUAAUGUUCAAGCUAAUGUUAUUGUCCCAGAGCUUAGGCAGUUUAAUCAAUCAAUGAAAUGCAAGGAUGAGACCAAAGUAAAAGAAGGAGCAUUAUAGUUAUAAAACUAGGUGAUAAUCCGCGCCCUACGCGGAGUGAAUAGAUUUAAAGAGAUUAUCACUUUUAAUUAAUAUAUAUUAUAAAGGUAGAAAUCAUAGAAAAAAGUACUACAUAUUUAAAAAGAAAAAUUUAAAGGAAAUUGCGCAUUUCACUAACCAUUUAUUCUUCGUUUUUUUAACUUGUAUUUUUGUUUGUUUAAUUGAAUUAUAGGUCAUGGAAGUGAAUUAAUACAGUGCCGUCUUAAAAAAGUUAAUGACUUUAGGCCAAACUUAAAAUAGACCCUUUUAAAAACAAUUAUUGCAUUACUUUAAACUGAAGCACACAAAAAAAUUGUGGUAUUAAAAGAAAAAAAUGGGCUUUAAGUGUAAAUUAGGUUUUGUUGUAAAAAAAUUAAGAACGGUGAAGUUUAGAAAAAAUAUUGUCUUUUUGUAUUUAAAAUUGGUUUUGUUAAUCAUGGGUAUUUUUUAUUAUAAAUUAACCAACUAAUUGAUAAUUUAAAAAAUUAAAAUGGACCUUUCUAAUUAGUAAAAUAACACCAAAAUUUUGUUUGGACCAUAGACCCAUGGUAAUUGCCAAUGUGGCCAUAGGUUAGAGUCGGGACUGUUAAUAAGAGUAAGCAAAUACUAAUAUAAAUAAAUUAUGAAGUAGAGAUAAAAUGAAACAUAAGCAAUAAACUAAUAAAACUCUUCAGAAACAAAAUAUAAGAAAACAAAAAUAAAUUAAAAAUUGAUGGUUAAACAAUGCCAUGACUGUUGCGAAUGCUAGAACGUAGUGGUAAAGAUGUUUUGAGAAUGAGAGAAUAGUGAGGAUUUAUAUAUGUAAGGCGCCUAGGUCUAAGGUAUACUCUAUAUCAUUAAUCGCUACAAUCAGAUUCAUUAAUCGCUACAAUCAGAUUUCGUAUUCCAAAUCGAAAUCUGAAUAUAUUAUUUCCUUUGUUCCUUAUCGUACACUAUUUCAUUGUUGAAUUAUAGGAAACUAAUGUGGUGCUGGUCAAUCAAAUUAAAUAUAAAAAUCAAUCAAUGACAAUCACAUUGCAUUCUAAAUUUGACGUGGUUGACAAUUCAAAGUUGGUCUUUAACUUAAAUUAACCAAAUCAAUGUCAUAAUUAGCGUAGAUAUAUUAUUCUGGUAUUUAGACACUAAAAUUAAGCGAAUCAAUGACCUAAUUGACAUAGGAAUAUAUUUAUUUUGGUAAAUUUGAAUCGGAUUCAUUUACACUUAACUGCCAUAAAAUGAUCAAAUAGUAUGUUGCAUUAAGAAAUAUGGCAUUAACUAAACAUAGUUAUCAAUUACAAAGGAGAAGCAAUCAGUAUUUAAAAAAAAAAUUGUAUCAUAACUAACUUCUUCUAGUACAUAUAACAAAGCGUUGGCAAUUUAAAACAUCAAAGAAGUACAAAUGUAUCAUCGAAGGUAGUAUAUUUAAUUGUGUUGCCUUGAAUCGAAUUCAUUUAUACUAAACUGUCAUAAAAUGAUCUACAAUAGUAUAUUGCAUUGAUAAUUAUGGAAAUGAUAAACGUGGUUAAUGUGCAAAGGAGGAGAUAUGAAACUGCAAUCAUGCUUUUUAAAAUAUAAUAUAUUGGAUCGUUUAAGUUGCCAUAAAAAAAACAAUUCCAAGUGCAAAGACUCCAUAAAAAGAACUUUAAUAAAUUUCAAAACCCUAUAUGAAAAAUAGUGAAAUCUAAUUAACCAUAUUAUUACGCGUCUACAAUACAUUUUUAAGUAAGAUUUUGCUUGUAAGUUCUUCUUAAUUUGCCGCUAUGCGAUUGUGAUUGGUAUCUUGCAAUAAUACAGAGAAGAGUUGCAGCAACAUAUAUAUAUAUAUAUAUAUGUAUAUACAUACGUACACAAAAGAUUUCAUUUCCCACUUAUCGUCAUGGGACAACAUCAAGCACGAUUAAAAUAUAUAUAUAUAUAUAUAUAUAUAUAUAUAUAUAUAUAUAUAUAUAUAUAUAUAUAUAUAUAUAUAUAUAUAUAUAUAUGUGUCUGUAGUCAUGGUAUAUGAUGAAUGAUAAUGAAAUAAACAAUCAAGAAUCUCUGGGUAUGGCAAUGAAAUCUUCCUACUUUUCGCAUUUAAAGAUGAAACCGUUUAAAAAUAAACGCGUUGUAAGCAUUAAACGCAAGGGUGUCAAGGUACAUUAUGUUGUUAGGCAAUACUCAAUAAGCUUAUAGUAUAUACCCAAAUUAUAAUCUAAUGAUAAAUGACAAUUUUUGUAAUUAGUCUAGUUAAAAAUGAGUUUUUGAAUAUAUGAUGUGAGAGAGCUUGUGGUGUUGACAUGCAGGAAAUUGCACACUUGUAAUAAACACAUGAAAUAAAUAUUAAUUCUUUACAAUGCUCCUCAAAUAAUAAAAAAAGGAUAAAGUGUACCGGUCUGAAAAUUUAUCAAUUGAACCGGUCAGUUAACAAAUUUAAAAAUAUUAUUAACUAGGGGCGAUCAUAUAAGGGGUGGUCGGAUAUUUUUUGCAUAAUGAAUCACUAAUAUAAUUCCUUAUGUAACAAUGUAUAGACACUGACCGUUUUUAUGUUAAGUUAUUUAAUUUGGCUAGAGAAUAAAUUUUUAAUCUAAGGUUUGCUUAAAGUUUUUGUAAAGCUGCCACAUAAACAAUAAAAUGAUGUUAGGUGUUGACACCUCAGCAAGUCUAUUAUGUAAUUAAUACAAAAUUGAGGUUACAUCUUUUUAAAAGAUCCUCAAAUAAUAUAUAAGGGAUAAGUGUAGCAUUUGAUUCACUGUUGAUUUAGGCUCAAGUUUAAUAAGUACUUUGUUCGAAAUAACAAUAGGAAAGAUUGAAAUCAGCAUGUUAUCAAAGAAUUUGAGAUAUUAAACUGCACAGAAAAUUCUUCCAAUCUGCUUUUUGAACAAUGGCAUUGUUGCGUGGAAGUUCUCUCAUGUUGUUGAAGGUUUUGUUUGUCGGGUUUAUAAGUAGUUAUGUGCUCAAUUAUCCGAGUCUGUUUGUGUUGGGCUGCGUUGUUGGCAACGGCGGACCCAUGAUUGCUCUUGAUCAGUGUCAGAAUAAAAAUUUAUCACUAAUUUACUGGGUUCAACAUAAUUUUUCACCAUUUUAUUACUAAGAAUCAAUGUAUUUUUUAAGCAAAAAUACAAUUUAUGUAAAUUUUCGAAUAAUACUUGUAGUGGAUCCACCACUGGUUGUUGGAAGCUACAGAAGCAGCAGUUUUAGGUUCGAGGGAGUUGUUUAUCUUUGAUAACUUGUAGCAGCUGCCUACUCCUCUCUGGUCUUUCCUGCUCGCUUUGAUCUUAACCCGUCCAACUGCUUAGCUGGUUACUAGGCUUACUUUCUUGCUUAGGUUUCUUAUCAUUGUCAUUUUGUAUAUGUUGUUUAUUUUAGUUUUCCAUAUUCCGUUACUAAUUACGCCUAUAAUCGUUGUCACACAUUGAAAAUUUGAUAUAAUAUUUAACAUUUUACCCAAAAGAAAAACUGCACUAGGCAAAUUGUUUUAAUAAUAACCCCUUUCGUUAAGAGAGAUAAUGUUAGUGUAUAAGCUGAUAUUAAUUUUUCUUUUCAUAAAAGUCUAGUUGUAGGUCCUAAGUCCUAAUAUACGUACAUAUACUUUCAUUAUAUCAAAAAUAAAACGUAAAUAUAUAUAUCUUACCAAUAUCUCAUGAUAUAUCAAAAUACAAAAGUUAAAGGCAUAAAAGCAACAUUCUGUACAUAACUUUAAGAAAAGGACAUCGUUGCAACAAAUAUCAAUACUAUUAAAACAGGAACAUGCCUCAUUGAUAUUAGCUCAGUCCAACUUAAAAUAUAACUGCAUCUAAUUGAUUAUCUAAAUAUAUCAAAUAACCACCUCGAUAAAAUAAUUUUGUAACUUCCACUUUUGUUCCAAAAUUUUCGGAUCCAAUCCUGUCAUAUACAUAUGUUACUAAUAAAAUAAUUUUGUAACUACUUCUAAGAUGUAUGCAUAUUUUGUAACGUCACCCUUUAAAUUCCAAAAUAUCAGUGAUCCACUACUUUCAAUAUUACAAACUGUCGACUACCUUAUGAAGUCCAAUAAAUAAAAAUUACGUCAUUUGGAAACGGUAAAACUGAUACUAUACUUUAAUAAAUAUUAUUUUCACCACAAAAAUUAAUGGGAAUGAAAUGACGAAGGUUUAGUUAAUCUUUUAAACACAAUGUUGAAUCUAAUUAUUUUUCGGUCAUUGAGUUAUUAGAUUGACCGUAGAUAACUAUGUCAGUUCUUAAUUUAUUUUAACAUAUAAUUAUGAAUAUAUCAAUAUUAAAAAUAAAAGAAAACCCCAUGUUUAAAAACAUAGUAAAAUUUUAAAUUCAAAUUAUUUAUUUUUCAUUUCACAUAAAAAUAUAAUUUAAACAAUUUUUAUAACAAGUUAGAGUUAUGACAUAUAAUAAACAGUACUAUAAUAUCAAAAUUAAUAAUUAUUUAAAUAUUUAAUUCAAACGUUAAAAUUAAAUUUUAAACAUAAUAAUUUAAACAAAAUUGGAUUAUAUACCGAUCACCCAUAAGUUCAACAUGCAGCCUCUGGUUUUAGCGGUUUUUACAGGUUAUCAAGUUUUUAAUUGAUGGAUAUGUUUUGAAACACAAACCGGAUUACAUAUUGAAUUACUGGGUUUAUAGUUUUGAUCAUAGAUCCGAAUUGGAUUUAAGACCGCUGAUUUAAAUACAAAAACAUUUAAUAGACAAAAUCCUUACAAAUUAACAAAAAAAUUGUAAAAUUAUUAAUGAAGUUUUACAUCAUAAAAUAAAAGCGCGGAUCAAAAUAUAGCUUGUGUUAUUAAAACAUGAUCAUUCUUAUUUUUAUCGGCUUAAAUAUAUAGUCGACUCCUAAAUCUUUUAAGUUGGUGAUAUUGUAAUAUUUAUUAUUAAUGAAAUAUAAAGUUUAAUUAUAUGAUGAGAUUUUUGUUUAAGUAUAUUCAGGUUUCAAAUUUUUGGAAGUAGUGAUUUACAUCUCAUUUAGAUAUUUAUAAAUUUUGCUUCAGUUCAUAUUUUUACGGGUUUGGUUUGGUCUUGACUAUCCGUGUAAAUCAUAAAAUUCUAUAUACUAAAAUAUUCCUUAUAAUUUUCAAAAUUCAAAAAUAAAAACAACAAAUGACAUAUAAAUUUUAUAAUACAUGAACAAAUACUGAAAUUUAACACAAAAUUACCUAUGUUUAAAUCUUUGGUUAAAAUCCCAAAAAAUAUUUUAAAUGUCUCCAGUAUUUUAAGAAUUUUGGAUUACCGUUGCAGCUUUAAUAGUUUUUGUACAAAAAUUUGUAGACACAAACUUAUUUUAAAUUCUGAUUAUAGUUUUCUGGUUGUGUCUAAAAUCAAAUUUCUUGAAAUAAUAAAAAAAUUGAAACAAAAAAAAAUUCCCGCCCUUUAAAAUAUACGCGGGUCAAAAUCUAGUUUUUUUAUUAAAAUGUCUUUGUAGACCCGUUGUAUAUGCGGACCAUGCACGAACGUUCAUCUUUACGUCUGCGGAACCCAGAAUUGACACCCCUAGUCUUGGUUUAACCCAAAACUAUUACGGUCCAAAAAGGCACAAGUAAUUCAAAAGGACACGUUUUGUGUGAAAAUUUAAAUGUUUAAUUACUUUUCUCCUCAUGAAUACACUACUUUUAAACAAAACACCAACAUACUGCUUAUAAAUACAAUUAACCAAAAAGAAAACGUGAAGAAGAUCACCUUUCCAUUAAAACGAUCUUCAUUUACCUCGAAAACUUGGAGACUACUUGAGUUGUAAUUCCCGAAACGUAAGCCAAUCUUCACGAACGUGAAACAUGUCCGAACACCUGAAAAUCCAUCCAGUGAGCGAUCCGGAAGCUCCACUACCUCCGACGCAUCCAACGGUUCCUCGUGUCUCACGUGGCUCCUCAAGAUCAGAACACGGUGACACAACCAAAGAAUCUGUGACGCAACCACCACAGUUGGAUUCUCCUCAAAGGAAGAAGAAAGGAAGGAGAAGCUGUUGGUGUAGGUGUGUGUGUUACACGCUCCUCGUUCUCUUUCUUCUUAUUGUCGUCGUAGGAGCGGCCGUUGGUAUACUCUACCUUGUCUUUAGACCAAAGUUACCGGAUUACAAUAUCGACCGGUUACAGCUCACGCGGUCUAUACUCAAUAACCAAGAUUCGAGUUUGUCGACCGCGUUUAACGUCACCAUUACGGCCAAAAAUCCCAACGAGAAGAUUGGAAUUUACUAUGAAGACGGAAGCAAAAUUAGCGUCUUGUACAUGCAAACCAGACUUAGCAAUGGGUCAUUGCCGAAAUUUUACCAAGGACAUGAGAAUACGACCAUUAUAUUCGUAGAAAUGACUGGUUAUACUCAGAAUGCAACCAGUUUAAUGGCGACAUUGCUAGAGCAGCAACAGUUAACUGGAAGCAUACCGUUGCGGAUUAGAGUUACCCAACCGGUUCGGAUCAAGCUUGGGAAAUUAAAGCUGCCGGAAGUAAAAUUCUUUGUGAGGUGUGGUGUAUUCGUUGAUAGCUUGUCUGCUAACAGUGUUAUUAGGGUUAGGAAUAGUAACUGCAAAUUCAGAUUUAGACUAUAAUUUCACUUUUAAGUUUUUAUUAAUAAUAAGGGGUUGAGG